AUGGCCGCCGUCACACAUGCGCCCGCUCCCAAGGCGGCGCCCUCACGAGAGGAUGAGACUCUCCUCGUGCUUGCGCGAUUGAUGGAGGGCGGACAGGAGGACGACGAGACCAUCCGCGACCUCGACCAGCUCACCAAGCUGCUCAAUGAGGACAUCCAGCUCAUCCAGGCCAAGACUGGCGCCCCCACAAUAUGCAACCUCAUCGACGGCGACUGUGUUGACACCAUUCUGACAUACCUCGACAUGAGACAGCCUGAGGUCGUCCGCGCACACGCAGUCAUCGCCACAUCCGCCUACCUCAAGGCCGCCGGUGACGAUGGCGCCAAGAAGCUUUCUGGCUUUUUCUUCGACAAGAUCAAGCGGGGCACUUAUGACGACUACAUUGUCGCCUUUUGUGUCGCUGCCUUGACUUUUCCCGUCGUGCCAGACCUCACGGCCGACCUUUUUUUGAGCGAGGGCUUCUUGAGCUCCCUCGGGCCCUUGAUGAGAAGGAAGUGGAAGAGCCGCAAGGUUGAGACCGCCUGCUUGGAGAUGCUCAACGCCGCCUGCAUGAACUCACAGUGCCGCGACGCCGUGAACAAGUACUGCACCGAGUGGCUCGAGGAGGUUGUUGACCAGGACCCCAAGGAGAUCGCCAAGGAGAUGCUACAGGACCCAGAGUACUCCGCCAAGGAGGGCUCCGUCUCCAUGCGCAAACACUCGGAGCAAGUCCAGAAUUUGGCAGCAGUCAUCCUAGCGAAACUGAGGGCGGUGCCCUCCGCACCGGCGAACAAUGAAGACGGCCAAGAGAGGAUAACACCCGCCAUCACCACCAUCGAAGACCUGUCGGCGAGGUUCACCUCCAUGCUCCUGAGCGAAGACGACCAUGGCCAUCACCACUCCAUCGAAGGACUGGCGUACGCAUCGAUCCAGCCCGCCAUCAAGGAGAAGCUGGCGGGGAACCCGGAUUUCCUGAAGAAGCUGGUCAAGACGUUGGCCGACGCUCCGCCCAAGUCGCCCGUGACUUACGGAGCCCUCAGUAUCCUGGUGAACCUGACCAGAUACCAGCCCAAUUUGACCGAGGAGGAAAAGAAGAUGAACCAACUCAAGGCGUAUGCCGCCGCCGCCGGCAAGUCCGCCGGGCCGGACCCCCUCAAUGACAACGACCAUGUCUCGGAACGGUGCAGGCGCGUCUUCGAGGCGGGCGUCACGCCCGUGCUGGUGACCCACAGCAAGAACGGCUCACCGGCCUCACUCUCACUCAUUGUCGCCAUCAUUUACUCACUUUCCGUCACGACCUCCCUGCGCGGAAAGCUUGCCCAGCAGGGCGCCGUCAAGCUCCUCCUGGCCGCGUGGGCAACUCUGCCCGAGUCGGAAGCUGCAGGCCGCCGCACGGGUGCACAAGCUCUGGCGCGCAUCCUCAUCAGCACCAAUCCGGCCCUCGUGUUCGGCGGGAGCCGCUCCAAUACGCAGAGCUCCGCGAUCCGCCCCCUCAUCUCCAUCAUCCCCCCCGACCCGGCUGCCGAGACCCGUGAUCUUCUCCCCACUUUCGAGGCCCUCAUGGCGCUCACCAACCUCGCAUCCACCGAAGAUUUAGACACCAGGCGAGCCAUCGUCCGAGAAGCAUGGCCGCAGAUCGAGGAUCAGCUGCUCUGCUCCAACGCGCGGGUGUCCAAGGCCGCGGUCGAGCUCGUCUGCAACCUGGUACAGGCGGCGGAGGGCAUGGCGCUCUACGCCGACGGCAGUUCCCAGGCCAAGGGCCGCUUGCACAUCCUCCUCGCCCUGGCGGACGCCGAGGACGAAGGAACGCGCAGCGCGGCAGGCGGUGCGCUGGCAGCCCUCACCGGCCACGAGAACGUCGUGCAGGCCGUCGUGGAACGCGAGCGGGGCGUCAAGGUUGUCCUCGACAUGUGCGCCGACGACAGCGAGGACCUGCGGCACCGUGGGGGCUUCAUCAUCUACAACAUGGUGGCCGCCGAGGGCGCGCCGGGCGCCAACGCGCGCAAGAAGAUCAUCGAGGAGGACGGUCUGGAGGCGCUCAAGGAGGCGGCCAAGAAGAGCCGGCGGGCCGAGGUCGUCGAGGUCCUCGUGCAGGCUCUGAAGGUCCUGCUCGAGGACAACCGGGCGUUGGAGGGUUAA